AUAUUGAUAUUUUUCAAAUUCACCUUCUUAUUUUAAAGUAACUGGGUGAUGCCAGAUUGCUAUUCAUAAUAUAAACAAGAAAAAAGACCGUAAAAUUGCGUUCAUAAAUGCCUGAAAUGCAUGAAUGCCAAAGUAGUUAUGGGAAAUACAGCAUCCAUAAGAUGAAUGUACAGACAAGAUAUUGUAGAACACAUUGAAUGUCUUUGGAAGAAAAAGCUGUUUUCAUAACACUGAUUGCAAUGCAAACAUUACUCUUCUCUAGUACAUUUACCGUUAUUCAAACGAAUACUCUCUUUACACUUGAGCUUAAGAAACAGGCAUUUCCCAUGUAUUUUCAAACGCUACUACUGCAGUUGGAGUUCACACAUAAGAUCUCUCGUCUUUAACAAAUGAACAUGCUACAUCCAGCAGUUAACAAUUAGGUUAUCAAGCUAUCUAAAAGAGACCUAUGAUCUUAGAUAAUACAACUUUUUUAAUGUUAUUUGCAAAGAUGUGAGUUAUCAACAAAAUAACAUUCACGGCUGUCCGACCGAAAGGUAAAGCUCAUCUCAAAGCACUAAAUCUGUGUUAUUGAGCGGAAUGCUCAGAUUAGCACAAAAAGCAUGGCCUUUUUUCUGGUUAUGCACACCUGGAUCUUUGUAGAAACCAUACAACACCCGAAACCCCAUUUCAUCGCUUCACACCUUCACACCUUCACAUCAUGAAUGUCAUGCUCCUUCCAAAAUUAAGAGUAGGUCUUUGUCAAGUUUCUAAAAUGACCAAGGCACUUUUUCAACCUGUUUACUGUUUCUGUAGUAAAAUGACCCUGCACUCCCAAUAAAUGACCCUGUUAUUUGUGCUUCCAAUAACCUCCCACUGGUGAAAUUGCUCUACAUGCGAGAGAUGGCAACUUCGCAAAAGGCUAUGUUUUUCUGUAGUUUUUUUUAAAGUGCUGACUGAAACUAUUUUUGCAAAGGGUAAGAACUACAUUUCCCCACUUGUCUAAAAUUGAUGUCAACUGACGAGCGGUUUCACCCUCUCCUAGAAGGCUUGUUGUUUUCCUUUCUGUUCUGUUGAGCACAAGAUAUCAAAUUAAAGCUGUUGACUUUAUUUUUUCUCUCGUAUUUUUAAAAAAAAUUGAAAGUAAAAACUAGAAGUGAAUCUAGUUUGAAGUUUUACACCAGAAAUAAAAGCUUAAUCUUACAGGUGAGGGAUUAGUAGUUCUUUCACAUGUCCUUGUUUAUAGGCAAACCACCAACAAAUAGUUCUACUUUCUGCUGAUUUUUAGAGGUUAAUAAGGUCCUGUGGUCUUAUACAAAGCUAUGUAAUUUCUUAACAACCCUUGAAUAGAAGCCAGCCAAUUAAGCUCUUUUUAUAUGCUCUUUGAAAACCAAAACAUAGACAUAGCUGUUUUGUUAAUUUUGCGUUUUUGGCCUUUGAUCCUGAAAACGGUUUUCAUCGAUUCUAUAUGAAGAAAUUCACACACAUUGUCAAAGCUUAACAAGUUAAAAACUGUGGUUGACAUUUCUUCUUUAAAAAUUCAUUGAAUCGUAAUGCCGAUGCAGCCAAAGCAUCAAUACUGCUGUUUUCUUGACAUCUUUAAUUCAUAAGCCUUUGCUUUCUAUUACAAGGCGUGGCAUUAGCGUAUUAAGCUUCCAGUUUUCUUCUAUUGAAUUGUCUUGAAAACCAAUAUUAGGUCAUAUUCAUCAACACCAUGCACAACUUGUCGCACUCAGUCAUUCCUGGUCCAAAGAUUCGGCUCUUUUUUCUUUGGCUCUGGCUUCAAAUAUUUUGACUACCCUUUUGAAAAUGCAGGUCUUGAAAAUCGUUUCCGUUUAUGAUCCUUUCGUUAACACCUUCAAGUUUUUUCAUCUUAUUGAUGCUUGUCUCUAGAUCACCUUACCGCGUAUUCUUAUUUGCACAUUGAACCCACUAGUACUUGAAAAAUUAGCAAAGAAAUAGCUUUGUAAACUCCGGUAUACUUUUUAUUAAAAACAAAGCACUUUGAUUAAGAUUGUAUGGCUAUCGGAAUAAUAUCGCAAAAUACUGAAAAAGCUUUUGUAUUCGGCAGUCCACAAGCGCGAACCACUGAAUAGUCACUAAUAAGUGAACAGAAAAUAUACCAAAGUGCGGAUCCUAAAUUUCUUGCUAGGAAGCACGGGAUUUUGUAAUAGAAAAGGCUUAUUUCCUAUCUGUGCGUCCAAUUAAAAACAGUCAUUUAAGACCCAAUCCCUUAAGAGUUUGCUUCAAAGUUUAAAAAAGAAAAGAUUUUGCAUAUUAUCAACUAACCAAUAGUUAUGGUUGCCAAUGUAGCAUUCGACACAAAUAGUUUCUUUUUGCGAUAACUAAACCCCCGGAUUCCUUUUUGUGAUCCAACCUCAAGACCCAGGAUGUUUCAGUCUUUGUCAGUCUAAAUAAAUUGAACAUUAUAUAGCCAUCCAGGAAGGGUGACUUCAGUUCUGGCAUUGCUGUUCAAUUUCUUGACAUUUUGAGUAAUCCGGGUGACAUUAAUGCUUCUUGUCAUCAAUAUGAUUGAAUUAAUUUUUCAUUCUUGUAAGGAAAGUGGACAUCAUACUAACGAAAAAUUGCUUUAUUCCGCAAACUGGAUACAAAGUUCUGUACUGGAUGCUGAGUGAUCCUUGUGCUUAACAGUGAACUGUCUUUGGAAUGCUUCCCUCUCAACUCACUAUCGCCAGUCUUACUAUCAACAAUGUACCUCCAAGCCACAGAAUAGGAAAUAGGCAGAAAGGUAACUCUCGUCGGUUCCUUUGUUGUUUUUGAAGCCUGACUCAACAAUAGAAUUUCGUAAUUCCCCUUUAACCUCGAUUUCAUUAGACGGACUUAGCCACGACAAAUUAUCAUUCAUUAAUCAGAUAGUAAACGAAUUAUGAUACGUAAUUGAAUUUGUUUACUAUCAUAGGACAUUUCGUCUCAAUAAAGUUGUCUACUUUCAUUCUUUUUUCAAAUUUCUCCGACAGAUACAGGCUAAGCCUCGUACAAGUUAACGCUAGAAUUUUCAGGCUUCACCUGAUGGGUAGGAAUUCCCUUUCUGCCUAAUUCCUAUUUUGUGUCCAAUGCGCUCUCAUUCUGAUAAUGUUAUAACAGACCAUCACAAGCGCUGUCUUCUAUUUACCGAAUUCGCCCCCCUCACAGUCUCAGAAAAUUCUCGACGAUGAAGGCAAAUUUUCGAAAUUUCCUUACGUACUUUGUGCUUUAGGAAUCGACUAGUUCUAACGCUGUGUUUGCGUUCCCCUGUGGAGGAGGUUUAGCAUCUGGCGUUAAGCACUUGGAUUAGUAAAACGGCUGUUUAUUGCCGACUUCGCUUCACAUUUCUUAAUUUAUGCAAAUACAUUUCUAAGUGUAUUAAUUAAACUAUUACGAGGUGAAAUGCGUUUUAAUUAUCUGAGAAGUCAAUGAUCAGGCGUUAGGUAGGACGUCUUGAUCGUUGCAAUGGGCACUGGAUUCAGUGUAAGUGAAUAUUUAAGCAAGGAAAUACUUGGCAAUGGCUAUGCUGAGGAGGAGAACGUGGAUCACGAUGAAGGUUCACGCCGAGCUCCGGUUUCUCGGUAUUCCGGUUACGGAAGUGUGCCCGGUAAAGAUUCACGACCUUCCAGCUUGCGUUCGAAAAGCCCGAGAGAACGGGAAGACAUCAGAUUCUUUUUCAGACCCGAAGAAGUGCCCUCUGUACCAGAAUCUGUACCACAGCAGAAAAAUAUGGCCCAGAAUUCACACCAGGACAGCCGAAAAGGGCCUAACGACCAGCACCAACAUGAAUACGAAAGGUUACGGGAUCAAUGUAUGCAUGCCAUGAAAGAACUAGAGGCAUUGCGGCGUAAGCACCAGGAGAUUGUCAAUCGAUGUGAUUUGGCAGUACAGGAAGCAGAUUAUUACAGAAAGCAGCACAAAGCAGUUCUUAAUAAAUGCGAUCAAUUGGUGCGUGAAGCCCAGGCACUUCGAGCACAAUACGACAAUGCGAUCACUGGAAAGGCAAAAUUACAGCAGGAUUAUGAAGAAAUUGUGCUUCUUCGAGAACGCGAGAAGAUGGAGAAAGAGAGCCUUUUGUAUGGUAAAAAUCGCCGUAAAAGUUGCGAGGCUAUUCUUGACGACAUUCGCAUUGGUAAGGAUGAAAAGAGCGAUUUACGCGAGGAAGCGUUACGAGAAAAGUUGGACGAUAUACAAACAGAUUACGCGAUUGUUACGAGCAAACUGAAUCAAUUAGACGAAGAGUCAGUGAAGGCUAACGAGAAGUACGAACUUUUAUUGCAAGAAAGAGAUGCCAUUUUGAUGGAAAGAGAUGCAUUGCAGCAACAAUGCACUGUCACGAUUCGGGAAUACGAAAAAGCGUUUCGAGACCGCGAAGAAGCGAUACAGACAUCUAUGAAAUCAGAGCAACAACUCAAGGCAGCGCUGAAGGAGAGUGAGAUGAGCUACCGUGUGCGCUUGAGUAAGGAAACUGGGAAGCUGCAAGAAGAGCGAAAUGCCGCUCUGCAGGAGUACAAGCUGGUUAUGAGCGAGAGAGACAGCGUACAUAGAGAGAUAGAAAAAUUGCAGGAUGAUUUAUCAAAUUCUCAAAAGAUGGUGGCUAGCCAUCUCGAGGAUAAGGAGAAAAUACAACAUGAAGCUGAGUGUUUGAGGCAAGAAAUAAACACCGUUCUUGUGGAUAGAGACCAGGCAGUGAAGGAGUCAUAUAGUCUGAAAGAGAGGCUGGAGGAGACUUUGAGGGAUCGAGACAAUAUUUUAAAGAAGUUCGAAGAGUUACGACAAGAGCUUGAGAUGAAGAAGCAAGAAAGAGAUGCUGCAAGAAAAGAGCGGAGCGAAGCUAUUUCGCACAGAGAUAAAAUAUUGAAGGAGUGUUUUGAAGUAAAACAAUUGUUUGAGUCGCCUGCUGAGAAUAUCGAAAAACACAGCCAACUACUGAAGUCACGUCUAGAUGCAUUAUCGAAGGAGUUGACAAAGGCAUGGACAGUAGCCGAAGUAGCGAAGUUAAGAAGAGAUUGGGCAUUCGGCGAAAGAAACAAAAUCGUAAGAGAAUCGCAGAAACUAAGUGACUGGUGCAAUGUUUUGGUAUCAGAAAGAGAUCGGAUUGCUGAUGAACUGGUGACACUACAAAACAAGCAUGACGUCCUAAGGACUCAGCACACAAAAGUGCUUAAGGAGCUGAUCAGCAUAAAGAAAUGCCAAGAUGUGAAUUUAGCCGAAGGACUUGAAAUCUGUGUCAGCACAGACUCGGCAAUCGACACAGAAUCCAAUGAAUGCGAGCUAGAGACCUUGGACUUAGAAAAGACAUCGAAAGAUGGAGACUUUGGUUUUACAAUCGGCGGCGGUGUUGAUGCACCCCUCCAUCCAACAGACUGCUCCAUUUUUGUUACUGGGGUAUCACCAGACGGUGUUGCCUAUGGAAAACUGAGAGUGAAUGACUGCAUAUUAAAAGUCAAUGAAAUUGAUCUUACAAAUGUGAGCUCGGAACUGGCAAAUCAAGCAAUACAAGGGUCGAAUUUUAUUAGUUUGAGUGUGCUCCGAAAGAGGCAGGGUCGACCAAGGACAUCUGUACAAAGUGUCAAACUGAUUCGCACAGAAGACAGAGAGCUUGGCCUAAGUAUUGAUAGUGGGUUGCACAUCAAACGAAUCGAGCCCGGCAGUAUAGCAUCGGAAGACGAGACCUUAUCGAUAGGUGACAAAAUCUUAACGAUAAAUGGAAGUCAAAUUGAGAACAUCCCAUAUCGCGAUGCAAGAAUAAUGCUGAAAAGAAGUAUUGUCAGCUUAACUAUUCUGAAGGGAAAUGCUAGCACUGCUUCGAGUCAUAGGAGCUUGACAAUUCCCCACGUAGAGCAGGACAAAGAAUUAUCGGAGACGCAGUCAUGUGAUGCUGAAAAGAGCCAAUCAAGUCCAUUUGUUGCUUCUAGGCAGCACCGCUGCCCGUCAGUGCCAAUUUCAAUGACUAACAGGAUGACUGAGUACCCCGCAUCGUUGCAUUCACGAAGGAGCUCUGUUAUGAGUGGCUCAUCUUUAGGCUCGCACGGCAGGCUAUCACCUGACCGAUUUAGAAGGAACACCAUAUCAGAAAACGAGAAAAGAACUUUGCGGGAAAUAAGAGACCUGGAUGAGAUUUUGCGGCAAAAUUCAGAACGUGCUUCGUUUAGUGGCAAGUUUUCUGAAGGACAGUUGAGUGACAUUGAGAAGGAGGAUAAAAUGAAGGGCCAGGGGAGUCAUUGGCAACCAAGUCCGCCUCCACAACCGGCUCGAUCUAAUUCGUAUAUGACUGCUAUUGUAUCACAAAGAUUUACUAAUAACUCGACGAGCAAUGACGCAAGCAUAAACUCUGACUCACACUCAGGUUCAAGGAGUGUCCGACCGCAAUCAGCUCCAGGUUCUCGUUCUUUUGUAUACAGUGUGAACAAUGGUGCUCGGAGACACGAAAUACUUCUUCAAAAUGGCGCUUCGCCAAUCGGUUUCACGAACUGGCCCGAUUCGCUUUCGCACGGUUAUAGCUUACCUAAAAGUGUUGGGCGGCAAAAUCGCCGAACACGCCCGAAUAUCACUCAUGUAAUGCCUAGUGCAACUUUGCCAGUUUCUAAUGGCAGGAUGCAUGCAGAUAGCGACCGCAGAAUUCCGGAUCAAUUUUCAAGCAGUGGUUUGAAGAUUGGUGCAGUUAUGGCACGCAGCCAUCAUCGAUCGACCAGUUCCCAUGCUUCGUCGACGUCUUCAAUGUCGUCAGGUUUUAAUGCCUCGCACACAUUUAUCCGGCCAGUGUAUGAGGAAGACAGCAGAGAGGGUGAGCCCCGUGUUGUUGUCAUCCAAAAAGGAAUCUACCCGCUUGGGAUUUCAAUUGGCGAAGGAACAAAAGGGGGAGUAUUUGUUACCAUGGUGAACGAAAAUAGUGUCGCAGGGGCUGCUGGGUUGCAGUUUGGAGAUCAGCUACUUGAGUUUAAUGGAAUUAAUUUACGAUCGGCGACCUUCAAUCAAGCUGCAUUGAUUCUCAAGCAAUCAGCCGAUGCCGCAACUGUCACCGUCCUUGCGCAAUACAACCCACAUAAACUUACAGAGACUGAAGAAGCCUCCGCAAACUCGCAAGAAGAAAGUACACAGAGCACACCAAAGCAGAAGCGAAAAUCGAACAACGCGUCAAUGGUCUCAUCCCACACAAAGCAGAAUUCUCUCGUCUCAACGGCCACCACUAUUCCCAACUAUGAACAGCAGUGCGAUGAUGCAGCGGCCCACGGAGACAAUACAAGUGAGGAGGCUCGCCCUGUCACUUUGAAAAAACCAACACCGACUACAUUGCUUGGUAUCAACCUGUCAGGGGGUAACGCUACUGGAAUAUUUGUGUCAGAUUUGGAGAAAGAUGGGUUUGCAUUCACUCAAGGCUUACUAAGAAGUGGUGAUAGAAUUCUUGAGGUUAAUGGAGUCUCGUUUGUCAACAAGACAGCUGAACAAGCAAUGUUAGAACUAGCAAAACCAACAGAAACGGUGCAGUUGAUUGUCCAAUAUGACGCCGCAGCUUUUAGAAAGUCAAAGGAACUUCCCGGAGAUUCAUUUUAUGUUCGGGCACUGUUUGAUCGAGCUGCACACAACAAAGAAGAACUUAACUUCAAGCGAGGCGACAUUUUGUUUGUGACGAGCACUUUGUAUCAGGGAAAACUUGGGCUUUGGAAGGCCUGGCUUGUCACCGACACUGAAGAUCAGAAAAAGGAGUGUGGAACUAUUCCAAGCAAAACCAAGGCUGAACAAGAAGUACUACUGCGGCGAUGUUCAGUUUACAGUGACGACAAAAUGAAAAUUCGACAUAGCUUCUUCAGGCGAAGCAAAAAAGGUUCCCAUGGUUACUCGAUAAGCCACUCGCGUGAGAGCAGUGAUUCUCGCGGAGAUGAGGCUGGCAGCAGUAUUGGAAGUAAUUCAGCAGCUUUCGCUUCAGACUCCGAACUGCCUGCGUAUCAGUUGGUCAUGCGACGCGACAGUAAGUUUAGUGUUUGUUUAUCUACAAACCGUCAUUUCCUGCGUCCAAUUGUGGUGAUUGGUCCUUUGUCAGAGCCAGUCUGUGACAAACUCGUGAUGGAAUGGCCCUACAAAUUUGCCCGCUCAUUGCCAGAAAUGGUUCGCACAACAAAGGACUCCGUUGAAAAGGACGUUGAAUCAGGAAUGUAUCUUGACUAUACGUUAUCAAGACGAGGCACGAGUUUCGCAUGUAUAACGCAAGCUGGAAUAAAAGACGUAAUCGACAAGAACAAGCAUUGCCUACUUGAUGUAAACCCUUCUUCUCUGGAACGGCUGACGUCACUCAACCUACAUGCUGUUGUCAUGUUACUCAAAUUCAAAUCACAUAAACAGAUAAAGGAGCUGCGUGAUGGACAUUAUAUUCGAGAAAAAUUAACUUCGAGAGAGGCAAAAGACCUUUUUGACCAAGGCACGAAAUUAGAGAGAGAUUAUAAACAUCAAAUUACAGCUGUGAUACAUGGCAACACCCUCCACAGCAUAUGUUCGCAAAUCAACGACAGGGUCCAAGAAGAACAAAGCAAGGCCUUGUGGGUCGAUGUUUGAAAUUACAUGAAACAUUAAAUGAAUUUAAGUAGAUUAUUUUGGUUUUAUUUAUCACUAAGGUGUAUAAUACUCCAUUCGGUGAAGGAGAAAACAUUGUUAAUAGAGUAUCUAACGACUUAUGACAUUCUAAAGGGUUAACACUUGUAUCUCGAAGUCACCCGCUCGGAGCCUCUUUUGCCAAACCCAUGGAUUUGACACCCACCAGAUAUAGGUAUAAUUUAAUCUAUAAGAAACUAAGUUCUAGAUUAAAACUUAGCUUUUCAAGUUUUUUGUUUGAUUUUAGUGAUUUAAGUUUUUUAAAGAUUUCUUGAUGCCAAGGUCAUAAGAGCUUCUUUUAAGAGCUCAAGGACUUAAGAGCUUCUUUUUAUAGCUCAGGGACUUAAGAGCUUCUUUUUAGAAAGACAAAAACGAAACACGAGAUUACAUGAAAUGAAACACCUAAUAACUCAUAAAGAUCUCUUCUUUCUAUUUAUCUAUGACAGUUCAACAGGAAAUGUGUUUAAUUGUCGUAAAGAAUCGUUUCCACCUCACCCCUAAUAAAAAAAUUUCGAGCAGUUCCUUAAGGUUGAGGGUUGCUAAUACUGCUGUUUCAGUGCAUAAUUCCCGGACAUCUUAAGGCAGAACAGGUCUUUUGAAGACGGUUUCUUAUCGAACAAAUAUUCAUAUAUCUCCCUUAUUUCAACCAGAUUCAGUUUUGUAUUAAAUAAGUAUAGCUUCAUGUUUUGGUCAUCGUUUUUGCCCUUCCCACUUGCUGGUAUUGUGCUGUUUUCAUCAAGAUUUUAUCUGAAAGACAGAAUUCAUAAAAGACGCAGCCGUACUUGCUAAGUCAGAAUUUCCUCCCUUGACCAGCAUUUCCAUUUUCAAUAAAUAUUGUUUUCUAUUUUUGUGUUUUUAAACACUUUUACAGAUAAAGCUAGUGCAGAAUAAUUUGUGUUAUAUUAAGUGUCAUAUUUUUAAGUUAACCUUUGGUUUGCUAGAUAAUUUUUUGUAAGUAGUUAAGUAAACUUAUUUAUAGAGCGGAGGCAGUGCCUACUGGCUUGUUUCUGUCAGAGCAAGGUGUUAUGAAAAGU